AUGACGACGUUCGUGCACUGUUUCCUUUUUGAAGAUUCUGCAAGGCUCUACGAUGUAGUCAAGGCAGGCAGCAUCAUCAGGUCAGGUCAGAUAUUCAGAUGGCAGGUGCACCACAAAUGGAACCAGGAUACGUACCGCGACCGACCUGGCUCGGCAGCUGCACUGUUCCGCUCCCAGCAAAAUCAGGACCGUCCUCUUGCUCGAUCGGACGUGCCAGCCACCGCUCACCGUCACCGGGGAAGAGAGAGAGAGAGAGGAGAAGCAGCCAUGCGGUGCUGCUACGUGGGGAAGGCCACCAAGAUCUUCUUCGCCGUCGUGGCCGCGCUCGCCGUCGUCGGCCUCGUCGCCGCCUUCGCCACCGUCGUCCACCGCGCCAACGCCCGCCGCUCCGACUCCGGCCCCGGCCCCGCCUGCGCCGCCCGCCCCGGCGGCUGCCGCCCGGUCCCGCCCGAGCCCGUCGGCGAGCAGCCGUCACUGCCCUCCACCGCCGCCACCGCCACCCCCCCGCCGCCGCAGCAAUAUCCCACCUUUCCUGCCCCGGAGACCGCCUUCCCGCAGCCGCUGGCGCCCCCUCUGCAGCCGCCGCCGGCACCAAUUGCGUCACCCUCGCCGGCCACAUUCCCGUCACCGCCGCCCCCGGACGCGCUGGUGCCGCCGCCGGCAGCAAUCGCGCCACCCUCACCGGAAUUCGCGUCACAGCCGCCUCCGGUCGCGCUGGUGCCGCCGCCGGCAUUCGCGUCACAGCCGCCUCCGGUCGAGCUGGUGCCGCCGCCGCCGGUGGUGCUGUCUGCUCCGCCACCGGCGGCCCCGGCGGCGCCGAGCCCGUCGGCGUCUUGA